UUAGACUAUUCUGAGUCUUUUUAUUUUUACAGAAAUGUGAGAAUUAAAAUGUUAAUCUAUAUAAAAAUGAUGUCGAUAGUUGGAUAAGAGAUUAUGUUGUCUGAUCUUUAUUAUUUUCUUCUAUUCUUUUUUUGUUUCAUUGUCUUUUAUUUUUAAUUUAAAAAAUCCACACAACUGGGGGUGUACUUUAGUGCAAAGGCUCUGGGUGUUCUUUAGAGUCCGGGAAAGCACUCCCCCAAACUUAGUAAGAUUUAUGAGGCAAUUGUGGUCAGCUUUUCACUUGUUUACAUAUAUUACCUCAAUCCUCACUGAGGUUACAAAGUACCCAAUGUUAUCUUCAAGUCUCAGGAACCCAAGCCCAAAGCUAGGUUGCGGCCCACUCCAUGCCCAGUGGGGAGCUGGUUCUCACUGCUUCAAAUUCCCCAAAUCUUUGUUUUGUCCCUCAUCUUGGGGGAACUGCCCUCUAGGGCAAAGGACACAGGGAAAGGAGCUUUAAGAAAUUAAUUAUCAACCCUUUGUGCCUCUUCCCACCGUGGAGGCAAAGGGACACCUACAGUCUCUAGGCUGGUGUUCCAGCAGCAGCCAUGCAGGUCGCGCUGCCAUCCCCGGCUCUGAGGUGCUGGUUCCGACACGCAAGUGCUCUCGCUGUCUUGGUGCUGAUGGUUUAUCUGAGCGCUCGGGUCCUCCGCGUCCUGUCAGGCUGCAAGCCUGGGGUACAGUCCUGCAUACCAGAAGGACCGCUGCCCUUGCAGGUACGCUGGAACCAGGCUGGGCCUGGGGCCUCCAGACAGAACCCUGGACGGGGGAAGGGCGCCAUCCUAGGGUCUGGAGAAGAGUGGGUCCUCUCCCUCGCCUUCCCUUCCCAUCACAAGCUAUGGGUGCUGCAGGACAGACCCCUGCUAGGCCCUAGAACAGUUUCUUCAGAGCCCAGCGGGGAUGCUGGCCAAGCAAGCCCAGCAGGCAGGGGCUCUGCUCCGGCUCCCUUCACCUCAGGUUACCCCCAGGUUCCGCACGAGUCGGGACUCCUGGUGGCCCCAGUGUGGGAAGAGCCUCAGUGUCUGGGACCUCAGGGAAUGCUGGGCCGCAUGACAAGGUCCUUCCGGGCCAGCCUGAAGCCCGAAGGGGAUGUAGAGCUGUCGCGGUACCUGGCAGGAUGGAGGGAACUGACCAGGUUCCUAACUCCCCUGGGCUCCAUCGUCGCUUUCGCCGCGAGCGAGGCCUUCAUCAAGGUGACAGCCCUCGAGGCUCGCGUGCAGGGCCCAGACGCCGCGCACUACACGUCCCUGGCGACCAUGGCGGCGUGGGAGCAGCGCGCGGGCUCCGCCCAGGCCUCCGGCUCGCGCACGCUGCUGCUGCUGCACCGCGCGCUGCGCUGGUCCCAGCUCUGCCUCCAGCGGGUGGCGACAGGGACGCUCGGAGGCCCCGACGCGGGCGUGCAGUGUGGCGACGCCUACCGCACCGCCCUGGCCCCGCACCACCCCUGGCUCAUCCGCCAGGCUGCCCGCCUCGCGUUCCUCGCCCUCCCGAGCCGCGGGCGCUUGCUCGAGCUGGCGUGUCCAGCAGCCGGAGAAGCGGAUGCGCGGGCUGCGCUGGCCCGGGCCGCCGGCGUCCUGGAGCAGGUCUACAACCGCACCCAGGACCUGCUGGCCCGGCACAGCCUGCUGCAACUGGCCUGAGGACUGCGGGGAGCCGGGAAAGCGUGCCGCGGCCGGGGGGGUCCGCGCAGCCCAGGCAGCGCCACCUGCACCAACAGGAGCCCCGGGGCGGGGCCAAGGAGGGACCGCCCACUUGGUGACGUCACCGUCCCUAAGCCCCGCCCCUGCGAGGGCGGUUUGGCCUCAACCUUCCAGCCGCUGUCUCCGGGAGACCAGGAGCUGCGAAAUAAAGAAUGUUUUUUGGCA